AUGACUACGGUCACUGAGUUUUUCAUUGUAGGAUUUCAAAGCAGCCGUUAUUUAAGAAUUUACCUAAUCUGUCUCAUCCUGAUGAUAUAUUGUGGGACAAUAUGUGGGAAUCUCCUGAUCAUCACCCUGGUGUCCACCAGCAAGAACCUCCAUGCCCCAAUGUACUUCUUCAUCUCACAGCUGUCUAUUACUGAUAUCUUCCUAACUGCAAAUAUUGUCCCCACCAUGCUCCACAUCCUACUGAAUAAUGGGGCGACCAUUACCGUUAUUAGUUGUAUGACACAAUUGUAUGUUUUUGGUACUACAGAAACAUCUGAAAGUCUUCUUCUCACAGUGAUGUCUUAUGACAGAUAUGUGGCCAUCUGUAAUCCCCUCCUCUAUUCUUCUAUCAUGACAAAAAAACGCUGUGUGACAUUGGCCGCCAUGUGUUGGGUGUUAAGUUUCUUUUUCGCAUUUAUUGAAACCUUAUUUACAUCAAAGCUGACGUUUUGUGGACCAAAUGUCAUUGACCAUUUCUUCUGUGAUCAAGUUCCCUUAAUGAAAAUUGCCUGUUCGGGGGUGUAUACUAUGGAGUUAGUGAACUAUAUACUGAGCGUUCCUUUACUCCUGAGCCCAAUCACGAUAAUUAUCAUAUCUUAUACUAAUAUUAUUGUCACCAUCUUGCGGUUUCAGUCCAGAAUCAGUAGACAGAAAGCCUUCUCCACCUGUAGCUCCCACCUCAUUGUGGUCAUCAUAUUCUUCGUUACUAUACUGAGUGUUUACGUUUUCCCAACAGAAGGACAAACCCUGAAUACUAGUAAACUCCUAUCUCUGCUGUAUACUGUAUUUACUCCAUUCAUCAACCCCAUCAUAUACAGUCUUAGGAAUAAGGAAAUCAAAAAAUCUCUGCAGGAAAUAUUCAAUAAAUUAAUCACAAAAAGAGGAGAAAUGCUAAAAAGGACCAAAACAAAAAGUAUUUAA